ACAUCACUAAACGCAGCAGCAGGCCUCAGGGUGACAGCGUCUCCUCCUCCUGAGUGUGAUUCACUACGUAAAGGAAGUAAGUAAGUAAGAAAGAAAGAAAGUGGCUGUCCCUGAGUCGGUGGCUAAACUUCUGUGACUAUAUGCAUGAACAUUGCGCGACAGGUCCUGAUCCGUUCCAGAAUUACAUGCCGUUCAGCUUACGUAAGCUGCAGAAGGAGGUUUUGUACUUCACAGCACAUAAUGUCACGACACACGCACGCCAAAAGAAUUGAGGGCCUGGACAAGAAUGUCUGGGUGGCGUUUACUGCCAUGUCAGCAGACCCAUCCAUAGUGAACCUUGGCCAAGGCUUUCCAGACAUCCCUCCACCGUCUUAUGUCAAAGAGGCACUAGCGAAGGCAGUGUUCGAAGACCGAAUGAACCAGUACACCAGAGGCUUUGGCCAUCCAACGUUGGUGAAGGCCCUUUCUCAGGUUUAUGGAAAGGUCUAUGGACGUGAGAUUGACCCCUUCAAAGAAAUCCUGGUCAGCGUAGGUGGUUACGGUUCCUUGUUCAGCACCAUGCAAGCACUAGUAGAAGAAGGAGAUGAGGUCAUCAUAAUCGAACCUUACUUUGAUUGCUACGUUCCUAUGGUGCGAAUGGCCGGGGCCAAGCCUGUGAUGAUACCGCUACGCCUUAAGUCUGGAAAGAAGACAAUCUCCAGUGCUGACUGGUAUCUUGACCCAGAUGAGCUUUCCAGUAAAUUCAACUCCAAGACCAAGGCUAUCAUCAUCAACACUCCCAACAAUCCUAUUGGGAAGAUUUUCACCAGAGACGAGCUGCAGAUGAUCGCAGACCUCUGUAUUAAACACGACACCCUGUGCUUCAGUGACGAGGUGUAUGAGUGGCUCGUCUACAAGGGACACCAACAUAUCAAAAUUGCCACUCUGCCUGGGAUGUGGGACAGAACAGUUACUGUCGGCAGUGCUGGAAAAACUUUCAGUGUUACUGGAUGGAAACUCGGCUGGUCUAUUGGACCCGAGCACUUGAUAAAACAUCUUCAGACCGUCAUGCAGAAUACUGUGUAUACCUGUCCGACACCUAUACAGGAAGCGGUGGCACAAGGUUUACUUCUAAACUAUGACAUCAUGGGCCAGCCUGAGUGCUAUUUCACUUCAUUGGCGGAGGAACUUGAGGGAAAGAGGGACCGCAUGGCUGCCAUCGUGCAGGAGGCUGGUAUGACUCCCGUCAUCCCGGACGGCGGUUACUUCAUGCUUGUGGACGUCACAUCUCUCAAUCAGGACCUGUCACAUAUGGGUGACGAUGAAGCCUAUGACUACAAGUUUGUGAAGUGGAUGAUUAAAGAAAAGAAACUGGCAGCUAUUCCAGUUACAGCAUUUGUUGGAGACGAGUCCAAGAAGCACUUUGAGAAAUAUAUUCGCCUUUGCUUUAUUAAGCAAGAUAGUACUCUGGAAGCAGCAGGGGCCAUCUUGAAAAACUGGAAGAAGGUUUAAUGGGAUGUGAUGGCUAAAGUGGACUGCACACUAAUAAUAUACCUUUUUUUCCUUUACUGAUCUCCUUUCUCUGCUUUUUAGCCAUCCAUUAGCUUCACUCAGUAGUGUGUACACUAGUGAGGACUCUCCGAAGUUUAGGGGCUGGAUUCUUGCUCAGGGUGCCUCAGACAUGGAUGCGAGGGGUGGGGUGACUCUUAUGCAUUAUUAAAUUGUUAGUAGAUUGUGUCCUAUGAUAGGAUAAAGGUCCCUGAAGUCAAUGUGAUUGAAAUGAAAAACUCAGUUUAUCAUCCCAGAGUUGAUAUAAAACCGUUGGUACCUGUUACUAUUCUGUGUUGUUUCAUUUAGUAUUUUGGAGUUGAUAUUCGCAUAGGAUUGUAGCAGCAUACACAUAGCAGAGAUGUAAGCAAUAAGGAUGUUAUGAUCAAUUGUUUUGUUUUGCUCUCGAUCUUGUGUAAAACAAAGGAACGAAAUGAACACAUUGGAUUGGCUGCGUGCUCAGUUUGAUGUGUUCAUUUUUAAAAUGGCUUAGUCGGCCUAAUACUAAUCAGGACCUCGUCAGUUAGCAAUGAGCUGCUUUGACUAAACCAAUGCUGUGCUUUUUGUCUGCAUUUUCUUUCCAAUAAACCUUCAAGCUCUUCUUCAAA